CAAAUCGGUAGGUUCGACCACGAACUAAAUAUACGUCUGUGGUUCGAUGUUUAAUUCUGUUUUAGUUGUGUGUGCGUGGACAUUUUUGAAAAAAAACUUGUUAACAAGUGGCAGAGAACUGGAUAAGCUAUGAUAAGUGCUUAACUGCCUUUGAAAAUGGUGAUGCAUGUAGAACUGCAGGCGACAUGCAGUGCUUUGGGAUAUCUUGAGGGCAACAAGUACAUCAAAGAACCUGACUGUCUAGAAACUGUAAAGGAGCUCAUUCGAUUCUUGCGCAGAGAAGAUGACACUUGUGACAUUCGUCGACAGCUUGGGGAUGCUCAGAUUCUGCAGAAAGACUUGGUGCCAUUGGUCAAACAGUACCAUAAUGACAAGCCUAUUUUUGAUGCCGUCAUUAGGUUGAUGGUAAAUCUAACCCAGCCAGUAAUAGUCUGCUUCAACAAUCAGUUGCCUGAUGAAAAGACACUACGGCAGCAUUGCCUUGAAGUUGAGUCACAUCUCCAGCAGUAUAAAGAGGCAUUUGCUGAUGAGGAAUUUUUCGUAGUACUGACCAAAAAACUUAGUGAACUUCUUGAACUGGACUGGGAGCAUCGGCAUGAAGAAGACAAGCUUUUGUUGGAACGUCUCAUUGUGUUAGUCCGCAAUGUUGUCCACAUACCCCCUGACCCUGCAAGCGAGCAGAGGACUGACGAUGAUGCUAGCCUUCAUGAUCAGGUUUUAUGGGCCAUGCAUGUUAGCGGAAUGGAAGAUGUUAUCCUCUAUAUAGCCAGUUCAAAUGAUGAAAGACAACUGUGUAUGCAUGUACUGGAGAUCAUAUCUUUGAUGUUCCGAGAGCAGUCACCCGAAAUACUUGCUCAUGCUGGGGUGCAGAGGUCCUUGACAGAGAAAGAAAAGGAUGAAAGAGAAUUAGAAGUGGCAAGGGCCCGAGAAAAAGCUCAGAAGAAAAGUAAUCUACUCAAGUUUAACACAAGGCACUCCAACUUUGGUGGGACAUAUAUUAUGACGAAUACUAAGUCCCUUAGCGACAGAGAGCUAAUCUAUCACAAGUCGAUUCAGGAUGUCCAAAAUUUCUCUUUGGAUAUGAACAAGAAACCUAGGAAAAAGCCCAAAAAUCGACAGCCAAUCACUGACAAACCAGUCAUCCGUAGAUCAACACUCAGCAUUCGACUAAGCUUAAAGGAGUUCUGUGUGCAGUUCUUGGAGAAUGCUUACAAUCCUCUUAUGUAUGCUGUCAAGGACAACUUAGCAAGGGAAGCAACCCAAGAUCUUGAUGAAACUUACUAUUUGUGGGCAAUGCAGUUUUUCAUGGCCUUUUGCCGACACCAUAGUAAGCAUGUGGAUUUUGUCAGUGAGACGAUGUCUGUUUCAACAUUUCACUUCAUCUUUACUAAUCUGCUGCGUUACUUUGAGAUGAUUGUGAUGGAAAAGAAAGAAGCCAAAGUUUGGGGACGUAGGGUCCAUUUAGCUUUGAAAGCCUACCAGGAGCUUCUAUUGACACUAGACAUGAUGGAUAAAUCUAACAAUUCACAUUUGUGUGAUGCUUCUCGCGUGAUCAAAAGUAAUGUGUUCUACAUGAUGGAGUUUAGAGACAUCUUUAUUACAUUGCUAAAAAAGUUUGACCAGACAAAAAAUUCUAGAGAAUACCUUAAAGAUUUGGUAGAAACAACACAUCUAUUCCUACGAAUGCUGGAGAAUUAUACAAAGACAAACGCACAUUUGGUGGUUCGUGGCAAAAAGAAAGGCAAAGGAAAGAAGAAGAAGACUGCUAAAGCUUCAGCUCAGAAAAACAAAGAACUAUCCGAACAGCAGUUGGAAGAUAUGUGGGAGGAAUUGUCGUCAGAGCUGUCAGCCCUUUUGCAAGGGAGAGAAGAAAUACCCCAGAAUAUAUCCCCUUUUGAUGCAGCAUCAGAUGUCAGCAUUGAUCAGCAGCGGGUGCAUGCUAUGAUGCGUAUUCACUCAGCCCUCAGACACAAGCAGGCAUGCGAGGCAGUUGCUGUCUUCAGAGCUGCAAGAGAAGUGUGGCCUGACAGGAAUGAGUUUGGAUCAGAAGAUAUCACUGCAGAAGAGGAGUUCAUGGCUCUUAGAGAGAUCUUCAUGGCACCUCUUCCUUAUAAUGCACAAAAUGAACUGCCACAGUCAUCAGAAACUAAUGCAGAGAUUGAAGAAGAGCAGGAUGAAGAAAGAGAAGAAAUAGGUGCUUCAAGUUGGGAGCAAGAGUUCAACUUCACUGCCUAUUUCAAUAAUUAUGCCAAGCCUGAGAUCCUCAAGCACUAUGUUCUUCUGGCGGCUGACUUUGAGAAAAACUCAACCCACACCAACCACUGUGUUGUUAAGAUGCUUCAUCGCAUUGGGUUUGACCUUGGAUACAUCGCCAUGCUUUUUCAGGCUUCACUUUUUCGCGUCUUUCAACGUUUGAUGUCAGGACCAUUAGCCCGGUCCCCAAAGUUUCAAGAAAUGUUCAAAUUUGCUGUGCACGUGGUGCGUCGCUUCACAGAAGUUGCAGAGAAAAACAGAAAAGUUUUCAUGGAGAUGCUGUUUUGGAAGGGAAAUAAAGAGGCUUUGCAGAUCACAGAAGGAUACAGCUAUGAGACAGGCAAAGCUAAGGUAUUGUGGACAGAAGAUGAAGAAAAUCAGCUCACAAAGCUCUUUGAAGAUAUUCACUAUACUAGCCACCCAGGUCAAGACACUGCAGACUUGAUUCUUGAAAGGUGGGAAGGAAAGCCCAAGACAAGAAUGCAGAUUGUGACCCACCUGAAGAACCUUCACCUCAUUACCAGUGCACUUGAACUGAAGCAGAAGGCUUUAAGUGCCAGAGCCUGGGUUGAAGAGGAUGAGCAGGAGCUAGCGCAAGCCUUUGAAGACAACAAGGAAUCAGAUGAUCCUAUUGGAAACAUCUUAGCAGCGCUGACAAAAAAGCGUUCUAAACCAGUGGUUACUGAGAAACUGCUCUCUCUUGGGCUCAUCAAUGACCGAAGCGAAGUACGCAAGAAACGGGGUGGGAAGGGUAGCAACAGGCAACAACGCAAGAAGCAGAGUGAAGAUGAUGACAGUGAGCCAGAACUCAGAGAAGACAGAGAGGGCUUUGAUGAAGAGGGAACAUCUAUGUCCAGUCUGUUACCGACAGAUGAAGAAAGCACAUCUGACAGUGAUGACAGCAGUGAUGAGAUGCCUGAUGAGGAGAAUGGCACAGAAGAAGGAAGCAGUCACUCUGAAACCGAGGAAAAUAGUCUGCCAGAGCUUUCAUCUACAGAGCUUCUAGUUCAAGUUCUUGAGAAAGGAUACAGAAACCAGGUGACAUGGAUUGAGCGACUCCUUUGUCAAAAUGCAGAUCUCAGAGAGAAGGGAGGAAAAACAUAUCCAGUGCCAAUUGUUCCUUUGACUGAAGACAAUGAAACAGCUUUGGAGGAUCCAAUAUUUACAGGGUUCAUUAAGUGCCUAGGUCUAUCACCACCAUCCAAUGAACAGCAAAUGUUUUGGAGAAUUCCAGCAGAGCUCUCAGCAGUGGAACUGAAUAACAUUGCCAAAGGCUUGAUGCUGGAUGAACAAAAUCAGCUCAUUCACCCUGAGUAUCUUGCCAGCCUUAAACCAGUCAGAAAUCAGGCUUCUGGUUGCAGGAAGAAAUAUAAGAAAAAGAGACAGAAGAUGGAGGGAAAACGAAAAACCAAAAUAAGCUUUGAUUCUAAGAAUGAGAAAAGGAGAAAGAAGAUUAAAAAAUGUGUUGAAGAAAAAAAGAGUAGUGAAAAGGGAAAAACAACUGCAGCUCAGAGGAGAGAAGUCCUGAAAGCAAUGCUGGAGAGAAGGAGGGAGAACGGACCAUCCAAUCGAAGGAGGGGCAGAAUAUCCAGGAGUCAUUCACAAGACAGAUCAGAUGAAACAGUAGCAGCAGAAGAAGACAUGAGUUUGGCAAAUGAAUCCCAUGAUCAAACCAAUUUGGGAGAAUCUGCUGAUUCUGUUUGUAUCUCUGCUGUAGAGGCUACCUCUUCUUCAAGCUCCCCGGCUCCCCGGAAGCAAACUAAACGCAUAAAGCGUAUGAUGGUGAACUCUGACAGUGAAAGUGAUGAUGACAACAGGCUUGUCAUUGAUCAUGUAGAUGACAAUAGUGCUCUGUCCACGAGUAGAAGAUCAGCCAAACGCAUUCGACUUCUUGAAUCCGAUGACAGUAAUGAUAGCCUGGAAACAUCCACCCCAGUCAGUCCCGUACUUAAUGGUGGUCAGGCCAGUUCUGGUCCUGAUGAGGGCGAUGAGAGUAAUGCUUCAGUCAAGAAGUUGGCCAAACACAGGUCGCGACUUGAGUCUGAUUCCAGUGAUGACAACAUAGAAACAUCUGUCUUGUCUUUCAGAUCAGGAAAAGAUGAUAUGGAUCAAGAAGACAGGGGACCAGCAUUGAUAUUGCAAAGUGGCAGUGGCAAUGAUGAAAAUGAUGGUACUGGUGACAGACCUCUGACAAGACCUGAAACAUUUCCAGCCACACUAUACACUCAGGGACCUCCAAAUUCAGAUGACUCAGAGACUGAUGAUCACAUUCCCUUGCGUGUUGCCCUUAAAAAAGCAAAGAAAAUUAUCAGUGAUGAUGAAGAUGACUGAAUAGAAGUUUUUAACUUGGAAGUUGCAUGGACAAACAGCUUGAUCAGUUUUGAAGGAACAUAAGAAAUGUCAUUGUGUUAUAAUACAGUAUAAUUGUGUUAUAAUACAAUAUAAUUGUGUUAUAAUACAAUAUGACAGGCUAAGUUUAGUGCAGGUUUUUAUUAUUGCUGUAAUGUUGGAAACUGUUGUAAAGAAAGAGACUUGACGACGUGCCAGGAUCAAUCUUUUUUUCCCAAAACAAACAUCUACCUAUCAGCUGGCAGCUGUAAUUGUUGUAUAAUGAAUCUGCCUUGGAUACACUGACAAAACAUUCCAAGACAGCCGUCCAGAAGUUGUCUUUGAACUGCCAUAGAAGUUCUUCCCUGCAGAGGUCAAAACAGUAAAGCCGUGAAAAAGGGAUUUGGAGGAAAAGAUCAGUGUGUCAUGGUGCCUGGAUUGUAAGCAGCAUUUCAUUCAGUUCAUGUGUCGUGAUAAACUGUGGUUACUAGACAGGCCAAAAGACUUACCUUUCCAUCAUUAAAAAGUUUGAACCAAAGCUCUUGUGUUGUAAACAAUUGGUUGACAGUUAAAAGUGAUCCUGGCUGCUAAUAUAAAUCUAUAAUGCAUGUGAGCAAAGUUAAUUUGUCAUUGCUGACGCUCAGCCAAUUUUUGAGCCAAAAAAAAAAUAUGUAUAUAUCUUAUAUACAACACUUUUACACCUUUGCUUUAGGUCAUGUGAUGUUGAGAUUAUAUUCAAAGUAUUUUUCUGUGUCAGAAUAUGUGAGUUCAUGUGUGCAAAAGCAUGUAUUUAUAGAUAUGCAUAUGCUUGUAGGAGGUUACACUUAAUUUCAUUAUCAUGAGAACAAGUCACAAUUUAGGCUAAAGUGCUAUGUAAACAAAUCUAUUUUCAGCUUUAAUGUGCUGUUUAAGUCAAUUGCUGCCAGAUGCCUCUAAUAAAAAGAGAGAUUUGAUAAAUAAACAGUUCUGUCAAGA